AUGUUGCGUCCGGCCACCCCUUUGUCCAUUUUGUUCUUUGUCGCAUUCGUGCUGCUGCUGCUCUCGACACUGUCGACGCCCCUCAUCAAGAGCAUCCCGCUCGCCACGUACCGCGGUGUCCACUUUGGCGUUCUUGGCUACUGCGAAAAGGGCGAUUCAGGAUGCAAAGGCCCUAUGAUCGGAUACAACACGGAGAAACUAUUCGCAUCCGAGCAAAACACCGACUUUUCACUGCCUUCGGCCCAGCGCCAUGCCCUGUCGUCGAUUCUCAUUGUGCAUCCCGUUGCGGCGCUCAUGACACUCAUCUGCUUUGCCCUCUCGGUCGCUGCUCACUUCCAUGCGCCUGCCCACUCGCCGCGCUACCUUCUCGCCCUGCUCAUCUUCACGUUUCCGACACUGCUCAUCUCGCUGCUGGCCUUCCUGGUUGACAUUCUGCUGUUCGUUCCGCACGUAAGCUGGGGAGGAUGGAUUGUGCUGGGUGCUACCAUCAUCAUUGUCGCGAGUGGAAUCGUAACAUGUGCCAUGAGGCGAACGCUCGUCAGCCGCAAGGCCAGGAAGCGCCGCAUUGCUGAGAACGACGAAAUGAACGGCCAGGCCUACUAUGCGAACCGCGCAAACGCCACAGUGACAACCGAGUAUCCCAAGGCCGAAUCCCCGCCGCCGCUCUCGGGCGACACAAUGACGUCUGGACUCAAAUCAAAUGACAACGCAGCCUACUUUGACUCUUCCAAAGUGUCGCCCACGGACGACAUGGUGCCCUUGAACCAACGGAACCCUUCGCUCAAGACAGUGAGCAGUGCUGGGAAUGGCGCCGACAAUAUGAGCCUGCAUCGAGGCCCUUCAGGCCGCCGACAGCCAGUGGACCAAUACGGCAACCCUAUUCCACCCAUGCCCAACGACGGCUAUCCUCCACCCAAUGGACCUAUGAUGGGUGCGCCCAUGAUGAAUGCAUCCCCACGCGGAAGAGGAGGCCCGUACAGAGGAAGAGGAGGUCCGCCGCGAGGUGGUCCAUAUGGUCCAAGAGGAGGAGGUUUCGGCCCCAGAGGAGGAGGUUAUGGUCCACCAGGAGGUUAUGGCCCACCAGGAGGCUAUGGUCCAAGAGGAGGUAUGCGGGGUCCUCCACCGCCAGGUUGGAAUGGAGGUGGACGUGGUGGGCGACCUCCAAAUGGUGUCCCAAUGGGUCGUGGUGUUCCUCCUCCAGGAUACAACAACAACAACAACUUUUACGACCAAGGACCACCGUCUCGCGAACCGUCGCCAUAUGGCCGGGGCCCACCGCCUGGCUCAAUGCCUCCAAUGCCACCCAUGCCAAUUGGCCAAGCCAUUGAGAUGGAUAACCGUUCAGGCACACCUCAGAACAAUUAUGGGCUGAGGGAAAGUGACGGCGACGUUGCAGGCAUGCUUGCUCUUCAACAGGGCGGCCCGUUUCCUUCCAACGCGCCCCAAAGGCGACCUUCAGAUGGUGUAAUGAGCCCAACUAGCGAAUACUCUUUGGACGAAACACACAGACGGCCCUCGCCCCAGCAACAGCAAGAACAACAGCAACAGCCGCCCCAGCAACAGCAGCAGCAGCAGCAACAGUUUGUUCCCGCUCGAGCGGGAUGGAACCAGGAACAAGGACCGUCUGAACGAAAUCUAGGCACUCCGAGCAACAAUAACCGUGGUCUCUCUCCGAUUCAGGAUUCGCCAGUCGCAUCGCCUGCCCAGCUGGCCAAACCUGAGGGAUCCAAACGCUUAGAGCGAAGCUCUGAUUAUUACGAAGAUGUUGACCCGAGAUUUGCAGAACCUCCACCAGCCCAGGCACCGGCCCCACUGCCAACAUCACUGAUGCCAGGUGGUUUUAUGCCACCUCCAAACCCGGGAUUCCUUUCUACCAACAACCUGAACGAUGGUCAUCUCCCGCGCACCAGCUCUUAUGACGAUCUUCCCGACGGCUCGCGUUCUCCGGCUGCCAGCGAAGCAUCGCAUUUUACCUCUGUGUCCCAACGUCCCAUCAACCCCAACUGGCGGCCAGAGAUGGGUGCGCCAGCAGGGCAAUUCGGACCCUUCCCUGGUGCUCGGAGACCGUUGCGGCAAGAAGACGUGAUUCUGGAGGCCAAUGCAGCUAACCCAGACUUUGCGAUUCCAGCUGCACGAGGACGGGGUCGAGGCCGAGGGGGUAUGGGCAGAGCAAGAGGCGGACCCAUGAUGCCACCCGCCAUGACGAACCAAUCAAGAUACCCUGGUGGCAAUGCCCUUUAG